GAGCAUAAGUGCUUGAGAACAAGUCAGUCAUCGAAUACUGUUUGAGUACCUCAACACGAAAAUCAUGCUAUGGCUGUGCUGUCAACAAAUGGGAGGUUGUGAUCGUAUAGGGGUUGAAUCGAAACAAAGGCGAUCCAUGAAGUUUCCGCUAUGAUUUCUUGAGUUGUGGGGAAAAUGCUCAUGCAAUGACCCGUGCCACGUCUGUUCCACCACCUCCUCGGACUCUCAAGCAAUUGUUGAAUUCGGACAGCUUUCGAAAAUGCGUAAUCCGAAGCUAUUUUUACUUACAAGUUGUCAAUGCAUUAGUAUCACGGGCAUGACAUUGAGAGAUGUCUAAUGCGGAGAUCUUCGCCGCCUCGGGUUAUAUAAAGGACAAGAAAGCCAGCCUCAUUGCUCUACAACACACAACCAAAUCACUACAAACCAGUCAACCACCUCAGCAUUACCAAUUUACAAUCCAAAUCUCAAAUAACCGCAAUCAUGAGCCCUAUUUCCAGAGUCGUCACCUUCACUCCCAAGCCAGAAAAGAUGGAGGAAGCUAUCGCUCAUAGUGCUAAGUUCGCCAAAGCGGUUGAGGAUGCUGAGCCAGGCUGUAUUAUGUACAAAGUAUCGAAGACCAAGCCUUUGUCGGGUGAUGGCCCAGAGCAAAUUGUUAUGGCUAUGAUAUUCAAAGACGAGGAGGCUUUCAAGGCUCACGAGGAGAGUGCUUAUGUCCAAGCAUACAAGACUGAUAGCAAGGAAGCCGAGUUUUUGCUGUCGCCACCUGACGUUAGAGUUGUCACUCCUGCUGGAGGAUUCAGCAGGACUUAAUUUAAGGGGUUUGCACGAGGGGCUUAAACUCUUUAUCUGUAUUGCAUUGUUUAGAUAUCUAAUGAAGCGCAUAUUGUCAGCAUACAUUUUGAUAUUCCGGUGAAUGGUUAUUCUCAAAGUAUUCUUCCACGUGAAUCACAGACUCACGAGUUGUCAACCCAAUUAUAAGUCCACCUUGUUAAAUAGAAAAUCGUAGUCUAACAGUUCUCAUAUAUUUCUCAGGGAGUAGAAUGAUCGUGAUCGACUUUAUGUUUCUUCAAUACCAGACAGCAAAAACAAUCAUAUCUGGACAUGAGAUACAUAUAACA